AUGGUGUCACCGAAGACCAGCCCACGUUUUCGGCAGCUUCAACAGAUUCUGCCCGACUACUCUCCCAGCAAGAUCACCCAGUAUGAAUCCGACCGAACGGGCAUGCGAGUUGUGGUGGUGGACCAGGAAGGACCGAAACUGCACGGAUUCUUUGUGUUGGCCACCGAGAUCCACGAUGACUCGGGAGCUCCGCACACGUUAGAACACCUGUGCUUCAUGGGCUCCAAGAGCUACAAGUACAAGGGCUUCCUCGACAAACUCGCGACUCGUGCGUAUUCCGGCACCAACGCCUGGACGGCAACGGACCACACGGCCUACACCUUGGAAACGGCUGGCUGGGCGGGAUUUGCCCAGAUCCUCCCCGUCUACUUGGAGCAUGUCAUUGUCCCCACGUUGACGGAUUCAGGCUGCACAACUGAAGUCCAUCACAUUGACGGGAACGGCCACGAUGCGGGUGUGGUCUACUCGGAGAUGCAAGGGGUCCAGAAUACUGCGGCGGAGCUGAUCGAGCUACAGUCAAAGAGAGUCCUCUAUCCCGAAGGAGUGGGUUUUCGCUAUGAGACGGGGGGUAUGAUGGAACAGCUCCGUGUCCUGACAGCUGAUCGGAUUCGAGAAUUUCACCGCGAAAUGUACCAGCCGAAAAAUCUCUGCCUGGCCCUCUUUGGCGAGGUCGACCACGACGAGCUGCUUUCUAUUCUGGACGAGUUUGAGACUUCGAUCUUGAGUGACAUUCCCAGCCCCAACGCUCCCUUCCGCCGACCUUGGAUUGAGUCCAAGCAGGCCCCGCCUCUGACCACGUCGACUUUGCAGCGAGUCGAGUUUCCUGAGGAAGACGAAUCGUUCGGCGAAAUUGACAUCCGCUUUCUGGGGCCUGACUGCGCAGACUCGCUGUCCACGGCGGCAUUGAAUGUCGUGCUCUUGUAUCUCGCCGGGUCGCCCGCUGCCCUACUUGACAAUACUCUCGUGGAGAAGGAGCAGCUGGCGAGCGGAGUCUACUACCAACUUGACAGCCGUCCGCGCACGGAAAUAGCAUUUUCAAUGUCCAGUGUAGAGACUGGCCGGCUGGAGGAGGUGGAGAGGCGGUUUUUUGAAGUCUUGAAAGAAGCCAUGACCAAGCCGUUGGACAUGAAGUUCAUCAAGGACUGCAUCGAUCGACAAGUGCGGACGUACAAGUUCAAUGCCGAAGGCUCGCCCACUGCCUUUGCCGACUACAUCAUCUCCGACUACCUGUACGGUAAGAGGGACGGAUCUACUCUAGAGAACGUGAAAUCUCUGCGCCAGUACACACAAACAUUGACGUCCUGGAGCCAGCAACAGUGGAGGGAUUUCAUCAAGAAGUACAUCUCGGACGCCCCACACGUAUCGAUCCUGGGCGUACCGUCUGCCCGUCUAUCCGAACAGCUGAAGACGGACGAGGCCAAUCGAAUCGAGCAACAAAAGCAACGACUUGGACCUGAAGGAUUGAAGGAAAUGCAGGAGAAGCUGGACAAGGCCAAGGCCGAGAAUGAUCGCGAGAUCCCUCAAGACCUGCUUGCUCAGUUUAAGGUCCCGUCGCCGGAGUCGAUCCAUUUUGUCAACACCUCAGGGGCACGUGCAGGCCUUGCUUUGAAGAUUGGCAAGCCACAAAACAGAUACCAGCAGGUGAUCGACAAUGACGCCAAAGACGUACCUCUUUUCCUUGAUUUCCAACACAUCCCGUCCAAUUUUGCCCGAGUCAACCUGAUCCUUUCGACCGAAACAAUUCCAGACGAGUUACGGCCGUUGCUGUCCAUCUACAUGGAGGCCUUCUUCAAUCUGCCGGUGAAGCGUGGUGCAGAGACGAUUGGAUUUGAACAGGUGGUGACGGAGCUGGAACGGGACACAGUGGGCUACUCGAUCGACGCAGCGUCAAACCUAGGCAACGUGGAAGGAAUCAAGAUCGGGUUCCAGGUCGAGAUUGAACGUUACGACGUAGCAGUCAAGUGGUUCUCCGAACUUCUCUUCAACUCCAUCUUCGACGUGGAAAGGCUGAAGGCCAUCAACGCACGACUGCUUGCCGAUGUGCCCGAUGCCAAACGAAACGGCGACGACAUGCUGGUGGCGGUGAAUCGCAUGAUCCACCUUGCGCCCAAAUCUAUCGGCCGUGCGCGAAGUACACUAGUCAAGGCGCUCUACCUGAAACGAAUCAAGCAGUUGUUGGAGGUGAAUCCAGACCACGUCGUGCAGCAAUUCGAACAGUUGCGCCAGAGCCUCUGUCGAUUUGAGAACUUCCGGGUACUGGUCAUCACCGAUCUUGACAAGGUGGAAGGCCCAGUCAGUACAUGGAAGCCCUUCCUGGACGGGCUGGAAACCAAGAAGCAGCUUACGCCGAUUGGCCGUCGAAUCGAUCGACUCAGCGAGGCAGGAAGAAACCCAGGAAAGCUGGCGUAUGUUGUGCCAAUGGCGACGAUCGAUUCGUCCUUUGCGUAUGCCUCAGCGCGCGGGCCGAUCUCGUACGACGACCCCCAGAUGCCGGCCGUCAUGGUUGCCAUGGCCUACAUGAACGCCGUGGAAGGCCCGCUCUGGGGCGCGGUGCGAGGCACCGGCCUGGCAUACGGCACCAACAUGGGCUACGACCUAGAGUCUGGCUAUGUCUAUCUGGACGUCUACCGGUCCCCCGACGCCUACAAAGCGGUCGAAGCUAGUCGGAAAGUGGUGGAGGGCCACAUGACGGGGAGCAUCGAGUUCGACUCGUUGAUGCUAGAGGGCGCCAUCAGCAGCAUCGUCGUUGCUUUUGCCAAUGAGCAACAGACCUUGGCCAGCGCCGCGGCGGCCAGUUUCAUCCGGUCCGUCAUGAAAGGUCUGCCUGAGGAUCAUAUGGAAAGGCUACUCAAGAAGGUGCGAGCCAUCGAGGUGGAGGAUAUCAAGGAUGCGCUGAAGACAGUGGUGUACAAUGUCUUCACACCCGGGAAGGCCGACAUCAUAGUCACUUGUGCGCCUGGACUGAAGGAGGCCAUUUCAGAAGGUCUCACCAGGGCGGGAUUCUCCCCUGAAAUCCGAGACCUGAAUUUCUUCCAGGAUGACUAUGGUUUGAAGCCUAUCGGAGGCGAUGACAACGAUGAUGAUGAGGACGAGGAGGACGAGGAUGAGGAUGAGGACGAGGAUGAGGAUGAGGACGAGGAUGAGGAUGAGGACGAGGAGGACGAGGAUGAGGAUGAGGACGAGGACGACGAGGAUGAAAUCGACGGAAGCGAAGGGUACGAGAUCAUAGAGGGGAAUGACGGCGAUCUCGACGAGCAGGGUUAA